AUGAAACUGGUUUUGCUGCCAGUACUAUUGUUUUUUCACCCGUCUGUUGGAAUAAAAUUUAAAGAAGAUGUCACAACAAAAAGUCUUUCAAGACUCAUCUCGAACGUAUUUCUGGAUAUGCCGAAAUGCGUAGUUGUUGUACUGUCAGAUUUUUCUUCAUUCGAAUUGCCAAACAAUUUUGUAUAUUUGAGAGUGCAUUUCAAUUCAUCCAAUCUUUUUUUGUCAUUGAGAGCUGCGUAUCAAAUGAAGUGCAUUGGGUACUUGAUUGAUGAAAACAGUGCAAAUGACUUUUUGAAAACGUUAGGAGAAGCAAGAUCAUCAGCACCAGAGAGGCAUACACCAAGAAUAGUUGUUGUGCCCAAUCGCAAAGGGAACUAUUCUCUAAAUGUAUUUAUGCAUCCAGAAUCUGCAUAUAUACCUGAUAUGAUCGUUAUUCAAAUUGUAGAUGGCAAUAGUGCAGCUGAAGUUAAACUAGUAGUGAUGACUAACAGUUUUCAUAAUUCUUCAAUUUUUCCUGAAGGAGAAGUUCUUGGGACUUGGCCUCUUGAUGAAAUGUCCUUUUUCCCUGACAAAUUGAAAAAUCUUAAUGGUAAAGCAGAGUUAAUCAUAGCAACACUCCAUUACCCUCCGUAUGUUCUUCUUCAUCCUAAAUUUGAUGGAAUGGAAGUAAGAAUGAUCAAUGAAUUUUGCCGACUUUAUAAUUGUAAGCCAUCAACUCUAACUGAUGAUCAUUUAUGGGGUGAAAUAUUCACAAAUGGGACAGGAACUGGAGUAUCCGGCAACGUGUUUAUGGAUCGUGCUGACAUUGGUAUAGGUGCAUUAUAUUUAUGGGAAAAUGAGUAUAAAUAUAUUGAUUUUGCUUAUCCGUAUUUAAAUACGAAAAUAACAGUAUUAGUACCGAAACCAGCACAGAAAGCUGAAUGGAGGAUACCAUUCCUACCAUUUUCUUUGACAUUAUGGGUUCUUCAAGUUUUAUCGAUUACAUUAGCUGCUGCUGUAAUGUUUGCUGUUAAUAAAGUUUCAUUUCACAUAGCUGAGGGAUUGAUGCUAGGAGGUGAAUUUUCCACUGGAGGAGGAAUUUUCUUGCGAUCCCUUGCAAUGGCAUUACUGCAGCCACCACCAAGUCGUUUGCCGUCAGGUUCCCCUCUACGAAGAUUUUUCACAAUUUUUGAAGUUCUAUUUCUCUUUUUUACUACAGUUUACUCGGGAGCUUUGUCUUCUGUGCUCACUGUUCCUCUAUACUAUCCUCCUAUUGACACACCACUACAGCUUUAUGAAGCUGGAAUCCCAUGGGCAGCUGAUCAUUCUGCUUGGAUAUUUUCAAUUCAGGGUGCAACAGAACUUCCUUUCAAAGGUCUUGUUAAAAGAUAUGAAGUUCAUUCGCAUGAAAGCUUGAUUUCACUAAUAAAGAAAGGUGGUUAUGGAUUCGGCAUUGAAAUAAUGCCUGCAGGUCACAUUACCCAAACUAAAUAUUUAAAUGGUGAAGCAAUUCUUAACCGUCAUGUAAUGAAACAUGAAUUAUAUACCACUUCUCUUGUUAUGAGUCUCAGGAAAGGCUCACCUUACACAGAGAAGUUGAACAAUUUAAUUGGAAAACAACUUGAUGCUGGACUUCUUUUACUUUGGGAAACAGAUGUUACUCUUAACUAUCUUAGCAGCAGACUUCAGACAGCGUUGAAAAUAAGUGAAGGGACGAAGGUUGAGGUUCAUCAUCCUACUAAAUUAAAAUUAACUCACAUUCAAGGAGCCUUCAUUUUGCUUGGAUUUGGCCUCUUUGUGUCAUUUAUUGUAUUUUUGUUUGAAAAACUAGGGAAAACUCCCUCAUCAUUAAAAAUCUCUGCUUAG